AUGGGUAGAAAGGGCCGAUCGCAUAGAGAUUCUGGCAAAACUAGACGCACAGGAACUGUGGAUCUCUCGUCCAUGACAUCAUUCACAAGCUACACGAAUUCGCCACUACCACGGACGGAUUUGGAGCGCAGGAAGAAGCUCUUCUUCAGCAGCCCCAAGCAGCAGAAUUCUCCUCCCACGGAGAAAGAAAUUCGAAGCUUUGCGUAUAAGAUAACCGAGGAUUGGUUCAAUGGUAUCGCAGGGGACAUCCAAAAGACUUUUGUCACAAAGAAGGUGGGGGGAGGUAUUCAGGAAACGGUCGAUCUCAGGGAGAUCCUUCCUAUUUCGUUUGUCAAGGACGUCCUAGCUCUUGGUACCCGCGUGCUGGCGUCCUGCCCCAACGUUCUGGAACUAACAGUCCCUCCUACAGAACUCAAAUCGUUCAAGAAGAAGUUGCCUGCUGAGUAUUCCAAGAAUAUUCUUAAAAAGUGUACCAAUCUCUCAGAAAUUCAAAAUAUUUCCCCCAGUGCAUUGGAGGAUCUGGGUCCAAUCGAUAUGGGAUGUAGCAGCGUUGUUGUGCCAUGCAAGAGGCUGGUAGUCGUCGGUGACACUCAUGGAACGUUUGAGGUCAUAGGAAAAAUCUUGGCUACAGAGGGAUUUCCUACUGAUAACGAGAUUGUCUAUCUAUUUAACGGAGAUUACGUUGAUAGAGGAUCGUUUUCCAUCGAGAUAUUCAUUGUUCUAUUAGCAAUAAAGAUAGCCAGACCAGAUGCUGUGCAUCUACUGAGAGGAAAUCAUGAAACCGAGAGCGUCAAUAGUAACUAUUCGCUACCUGCUGAGAUAGAGAAGAAAUACGGAAAAGCUCUUGGCGAGGAGGAGUGCAAGCUCCUUCUUGCCAUGAUGAAUAAAGCCUUUCAGGCACUCCCUCUUUGUGCAGUGAUCAACGAUAGGUAUUUGGUUGUCCACGGAGGGAUCUCAGCAUGGCCGGACUUCACCCUUCAGGACAUGGUCAAGCUAAAUCGCUUCCGUGAACCAGACCAAGCAGAUUUCACAGACUAUACCUACUUUGAUCCCCUUUCAGAUAUCUUAUGGGCUGAUCCUAGCACAGAGGACCCCGAGUUUUCCUUCAAUUAUCUCAGAGGUACAUCUGUUAUUUUUGGAGCAGUAGCAGCACAGCGCUUUUUGCGUACUUCAGAACUAAAAUAUAUAAUACGGUCUCACUCGUGUGUCGACGAGGGUUGGCAGGUUGAAUAUCCUGGGGUCUUCACUCUUUUCUCUGUCCCAAAUUACGCAGAGAAGAAUUUGGGAGCUUAUGCUGUCUUUUAUGGGCUCUAUGAUAAAACCGAAGAGCUAUCGUCACUUGACAAGGAGGUUCUGAAAGAGGACGCUACCCCAAAGGCUAAGUACAACCUCGCUCCCUCAGAACCACUUGUUUUUGUUAAGAAAUUCACUUGCUCUCAACACUCAGCCAUGGUCAACCAGCCUCUUUUGUCUGAUGGGCCGUCUUCUUUUUUCGAAGCACCGGAAGAAGACUCUAUUGAUAUCUGUACCAUAAUCAAGAAUAACGAGGAGAUGAAGAUGAAUCUACUAUCUCAAGUUAUCGAGGAUCCUGAGCAGUGUCUAGUGGCUGUCCCAGAAAAAGGUGGAGUUGUAGUGCCACAUCUGAUUGGUGCAACUAUUGGGACUCGGAUCCACCAGGACAAAAAUAGCAAUACUCGAUUGAAACAGCGUAUUAUUGAAACCGCAGAGAAAAUCCCCGUACCGGAUUCCAUUCCAACUGACGAUCUCGUAGAGGCGCUGGUUCUCCUCACGGACACUAUGACUCUUACUACUCCUGCUGUCAUAGGCGCGUUUCCUCACGAGCUCCACGGGAAGCUUCUUCACAUUCCAUUUGACAACGAUAGCUACUCUUUAGAAGAGCUAGGCCUGACAAUUCCUGGGUCUACGUUCCCUCCAAUACUGCCUGUGGAAGUGAUUAAGAUUGUUCUUUCUUGCUUGACAGAUCCAGUUAAAAGAGACGGUAACUGGCUCGAGGAAGCCGGUGCUAGAAAAGCUAUGCAGAUCUUCCGUGGAUUCCACGACUUUGAUGUUCCCAUCUCUAAAGAAGAUAGAUUCCUAUUGCAACUCAUAAAGACGGCAAGGUCCCCGCCCUUUCUGCCGCCGUUUUCUAGGCCAUUCAGAUACGCAAAACUUAAAUAUUAA